CUCUCUCCCUCUCUCACAUACACACACACAUGCAAGUUUUAUAUGAUGUAAUACGCAGACACGUACACUACACGAGUUAGUCCGCGAAACAUCGCCACCACCACCACCACCACAACCAGCACCACCACCACAACCACUACCACCACCACAACCACCACCACAACCACUACCACCACCACUACCACCACCAUCAUCACCACAGACCUAUACAAACAUUACAUCGCAAAAUUGUGAGCCUCUGCUAAUUGACUUGGCUACAUCAUCACACACACACACACGCAUAUAUAUACAUAUAUAUAUAUACAUAUAUAUAUGUAUAUACACACGCGUGAAUAUACAUCGUCGACGUAAUACGCACAUUUCUCAACGUAGUUCGCAUCUGUAUGACAUCUAAUAUACACACACACAAUGGAAGAAUCGCACAGAAAUGUCCAAGCCGUGUCUGUUGGCCGGAGCAAGCCUCCCGGGAGCCUCAACGUUCAUUCAUUGUCCAGCCUCGUCAUUAACUAUUUGACCGUCCUCCUAACAUCCUACUGGAAUUCCUUUAUUGGUUGGCUCAGCGAGCGUUGCGAACAGAAUACUUGGUUUAACUGGAGGCCAACAUCGAAGAUGCAGCUGUCAGGAAUUGAACACAAGAUCUUCCAAUGUAUCAAGACCAAGAUGGAAUCCCUGUUCGUGCCAAUCAGGAACAACGAAUGCCAAAUCCGAACCAUUGUGUUGAAUCGGCACCUGGAGAAAAUGCCGUUGGUCAUGGUUCAUGGAAUGGGCGGCGGAGUCGGCAUGUGGGUGCUCAACCUCGACUCUCUUGCAGAACAACGACCCGUAUACGCGUUCGAUGUGCUCGGCUUCGGCCGGAGUUCGCGGCCACGCUUCAGCAGCGACUCGACGGAGGCAGAGAGUCAGUUCGUCGACUCCAUCGAAGAGUGGCGCGAGAAGAUGCACCUCAACCGCUUCAUCCUGCUCGGACACAGCCUCGGAUCCUUCAUAGCCACCUCCUAUGCCAUCCGCCACCCGGAACGCGUGCACCACCUCAUCGCUGUCGAGCCCUGGGGGUUUCCAGAGAAGCCAAGCAAUGCUUCGACGCAACACCUCUCCUACUGGGCACGAGCCAUCAUUACUAUGGCACGUCCAUUCAACCCUUUUGCCGCGGUCAGAGCCGCAGGACCCUGGGGUCCUGGUCUGGUGAAGAAGUUUCGCUCCGAUCUCCAACACCGUUUUUCCAAACUCUUUGAAGACGACACAAUUCUCAACUACCUCUACCACUGCAAUGCCCAGACACCCAGUGGUGAAUCGGCAUUUAGAACAAUGACAAUUCCAUUUGGAUGGGCAAAGAACCCAAUGAUUCUUCGGAUGACAGACCUAAACAAAUCCAUACCUAUGACACUAAUCUAUGGUUCCAGAUCUUGGAUAACCUCCCACACUGGUCAAGAAGUGAAAUUCCUCCGCCCCGACAGCUACGUUGAUGUCCAGAUAAUCCAAGGUGCUGGACAUCAUGUGUAUGCUGACCGCUCUGAUGACUUCAACGAAUUAAUAACUGAGGUUUGUAGCUUUGCUGACCAAGAUGAAGGACAGGACUCGGAAUAACAACAAAAA